GAUAAAAAAUAUAGGUUAAAAGAAUUAUACAUUGUUAGGACGGAUAGAUCAAUGACCCGAAUACAACUUACUUUACGGCAAACAUAAGAAACGACAAACAUUCGGGAUGCAGCGGUGGAAAUGGCACGAGACCGUUUAAAAACGGCUUCAUUAAAAUAAUUAAUUUAAUAGAACAAAAGCACACAAUAAUGUUUUUAAGGUUUUGACUUAUUUUCCAAUGUUUAACCGUAAUGAAAAUAAGUGCUGUACAGGAGACAUAAUUAUUUAAUUGCCAAGUUGAAGCUCAUCGGAACUUAAAGAUUUAAUCAGUGUUAGUUAGUUAACCCUAGUCUCUCAGAGCUAUUUGCGUUAAGUAAGUUAAAUUUUUGAGUUGUCAAAUAAAAGACGGUCUGCGGAGAAAUUAAAAUAAACCCGACUCUUGAUAUGGAGAAGGAACCAUCAGGAGCAUCUAGUACAGACUCAGGAAGCACUGGAGGAUUCGGUCUGUUUGGGUCAACUGGCCCACAGUAUUCAAAGACAGAGCUCGCUGGAGUGCCAUUGACAGGCAUGAGUCGUCUGUCUCCAUACCUUAAUGUGGACCCCAGGUAUCUCUUACAGGACACAGAUGAAUUCAUUUUGCCCACUGGAGCAAAUAAGACGAGAGGACGCUUUGAGCUGGCUUUCUUUACUAUUGGUGGUUGCUGUAUCACAGGUGCUCUAUUUGGAGCCAUGAAUGGACUUAGAAUGGGUUUGUCUGAAACCAGAAACAUGGCUUUGUCCAAACCUCGCAACGUACAGAUCCUGAAUAUGGUGACCCGCCAAGGUGCCACAUGGGCAAAUACUUUGGGCUCAGUAGCUCUGCUCUACAGUGUAUUUGGGGUGGUCAUAGAGAAGGCCAGAGGGGCAGAGGAUGACAUCAACACGAUUGUUGCAGGGACAAUGACUGGUGUACUCUACAAAUCUCCAGGAGGUUUGCGGGGGGCAGCCCGGGGUGGGUUGGUUGGGCUGACCUUUUCUGGACUCUGUGCCCUGUACAAUAACUGGGACCAUCUGAAGGGCUUCUGAGGCAUUUGCUAAAAUCCUGAACAAAUCAUAUUUAACAUAAGAAAUGUAUGGACAUUUAAAUGGUACAAUGUCUUUGAGCUUUAGGUCUUGUCUCUAAAGUAGAAGGAACUGCACUUCAAGCCCAAAUUCCCUUUAUAUUUGAAGCAUGCUUUUAAUAGUCUAAAAUGAUUUAACACUGUUUAAUCUCACCAUGAUGUGCAAUAUUUGACUGAACUAUUGACCAACAAAAUGUAGUAUUGAACAGAGUCUGCAGUAUGAAGCCUGUCAGUGACCCAAAUAUCACAUUGUACAGUAAGAUAUUAUAUCUCGCUUAUCAUGAAAUCGCCCGUUUUAUUUUUUUGUUUGUUUGUUUUCUUUACAUUGAGACUCUUUACUAUUGAUUUCACUUUUCAUGGAAGUAUAAAUGAGUCAUUUUGAUUUAAUACAUUUGGUUAAAUAUUUCACUUGCUGUUCUCCAUCAGUGUGGACUAUUUCAUGAGCUUUUGACAAAUGCAGUUCAGCUUCUACCCAAAUUAUUUUUAUAAAACAUUUCUUUAAUGCGUAAAUUCUGCAGUGCAUUUUGCAAUCAUAAAACUGCUUUUCUAACAUUUUAAUAUAUUUCUUUUUUCAUUUGUGUUUUUAUAUUAAACAUUGUAAAUGUUGUCAAGAACUAAAUUAAACAUUGUAUAUAGGGGCAAAUUACUAGAAAUCAAAUAAAAAAAAAAAUGAAUUAAUCAAAUUACCUAAUAAAUCAAUAAAUGCCCCUUGUAUAGAACUAGUUUGCAUCAGUUUUCAUUUUUUAAUUAUCGGUGGGCACAAGUUUUGUGUCUUUUCAGGGUUAUCGGAAUGUCACUCAAUGACAAUGGGCGAAAAUGAGAAUAUAUAUAUUUACACACAAAUCAGCCACAACAUUAAAACCACCUGCUUAAUAUUGUGUAGGUCACCCUCAUACCACCAAAACAGCACCAACCCGCAUCUCAGAAUAGCAUUCUGAAAUGAUAUUCUUCUCAACACAAUUGUACAGAGUGGUUAUCUGAGUUACUGUAGACUUUGUCAGUUCAAACCAGUCUUACUAUUCUCUGUUGACCUCUCUCAUCAACAAGACAUUU